UCUCCUCCACUUUCUUGUGCGCAGCCAAAGCAAGGCGCCGCUCGCCUCCACAAGCAUGCUGCCUUCACGGCGCGAUGAAGCGGACCAGAGGAGGAGGAGGACGACGGCAGCGGCAGCAGCACCAGCAGCAGCAGCGGCAGCAGCGGCAGCGUGACGCCGCCAGGAGGACGUGACGGCAUGGGAGAAGCGGCCGAGGCUAGCAAGCAUGAAGCUGGAGGAGGACACGCCCCCUGCUACCUGAGUUCCAGUUUGCCAUGCGGGACGCUGAACCCCUGCCGGACCUAGGCGCGGCUGCGAGACGUUAACCAGCGAGAGCGAGGAGAUCAUCUCAGGUUCGGCGUGAGUAGGAGGCGUCGCCAACCAGGAGCAGAUGCCAUGGAUGCAUUCAACUUCACGUACUGGAACGCCUCGGACGGCAACGACACCGACGCCGCGGAGGAGAGCGAGAGCGCCUACAAGACGGUGGAGGUGGUGUUCAUCGUGUUGGUGGCCGGGUCCCUCAGUCUGGUCACUGUGAUCGGAAACAUCCUGGUCAUGCUGUCCAUCAAAGUCAACAGGAACUUGCAGACGGUCAACAAUUAUUUUCUCUUCAGUCUGGCGUGCGCCGACUUAAUUAUUGGACUGUGUUCCAUGAACUUGUACACGGUCUACAUCGUCAUCGGGUACUGGCCUCUGGGCCCGGUGGUCUGUGACCUGUGGCUGGCACUGGACUACGUGGUCAGCAACGCGUCCGUUAUGAACCUUCUCAUCAUAAGCUUCGACAGAUACUUCUGCGUCACGAAGCCGCUCAGCUACCCGGUCAAGAGGACCACCAAAAUGGCGGGGAUGAUGAUCGCCGCCGCCUGGGUGCUGUCUUUCAUCCUGUGGGCGCCCGCCAUCCUCUUUUGGCAGUUCAUCGUGGGUGGGCGGACAGUGCCUGAGAAGGAGUGCUACAUUCAGUUCUUCUCCAACGCCGCCGUCACGUUCGGCACGGCCAUCGCCGCUUUCUACUUGCCCGUCAUCAUCAUGAUUCAGCUCUACUGGCAGAUCUCCAGGGCGAGCAAGAGCCGCGUGAAGAAGGAGAACCGAAAACCGUCGGGAGGCAACGCCGAGCCCCUGUCGCCCGCUCAACGGACACCCAACAACAACAACAUACCCGGCGAGAACGUCGGUUGCUCCCAGACCCGGAACGCCGACGAUACCGUAAACCAACACGACGGCCGCAUGCAGAACGGAAAAGCUCCGACUUCGACUACGAAUGACGCCGAAACCGAAGGCGACGACGCAACAAGGGACGUCUGCGCUCCCGGAGAAGAGAAGGAAAGCUCCAAUGAUUCCACUUCGGGCAGCGUUGCCGCGUCCAACACGAAGGACGAAGAAGCGGCGCCCUCUGCGGCCAACUCCAGCGCCGACACCAACCAGUCUCUUCCUCGCCAGCGCGCCAAGGCGGGCGGUUCCAAGCUAACCUGCAUCAAAAUCAAGGCUAAAUCCCCCAAAGGUGACUGCUACACGCCUUCCAACGCCACCGUGGAAAUAGUCCCCGCGUCUGAGCGGCAGAACCACGUGGCCCGCAAGAUCGUCAAGAUGACCAAGCAGCCGCCCAACAAGAAGAAGAAAGCGGCGCCGUCGCGGGAGAAGAAAGUGACGCGCACCAUCAUGGCGAUCCUGGUGGCGUUCGUGGCCACGUGGACGCCGUACAACGUCAUGGUCCUCAUCAACACCUUCUGCUCCAGCUGCGUCCCCAGCACGGUGUGGACGCUGGGGUACUGGCUUUGCUACAUCAACAGCACCAUCAACCCCGCCUGCUACGCCCUCUGCAACGUCACCUUCAAGAAGACCUUCAAGCACCUCCUGCUGUGCCAGUACAAGAACAUUCGCUCGGCCAGAUAGAGAUGUGUGUGCGUGUUGUGUGAAUGGCCGUUCUAUCCGCCGCGCAUCAGUUAGCCGGGACUCCAAAGGAGCAGCUAGCGCACCACGACAACUUCACACUGGGACAAUAGGGCUGCCUGAAUUGAAAUACUUCGUAACGGGUAUUCGGUUCAGUGACAAUACUUGUCGAUAAGUGUACAAAGUACUCUUUGUGUUCCACGCUACAUCACAGCGCACCCCUGACCGCACGGACGACAUUAAAACUGGUUUUCAUCCUCAUUAGGUCGAUUCUAGCUAGCUAGCUGCAAUGAGGCCGCUUUUAGGUCCCCCAUUACGGAGGAAAAACUUCCUUCCUCGUGGACUUGACCCGCCUGUAGCUAGAAACCGAAACCGAAACUCGUCCUUGAAACCGAAACCGAGUCUGUCCGGUUGACAGACUGGCCUUUUCGCUCAACGGCUAGCUCUCUCACCCCUCGUUCGUUCUGCGGAUUUUGAUUGGAACCGAGGUCCAAACGCUGGGGUGGUUGAACCGGGUGGGUUACACUGACCCUGAUCAAAGUGCGGUUUUGGUGGCAGUGGCUAUGCGGAUCUAAACCUUUGAGUGGCGCUUUUUAUUGUCGUUUUGCAGACCUCGGUUCGAACCCGAAAAGAAGCGUUGGACUGGUUGAAAUCGGCGGGUUACAAGUGUAAAAAAAAAGGAGGCUUCACUACACGUCUUAAAACAAGGUCAUCAGUCUGUAUUGUUUGAUCAUUUUGCUUUUUUCAGCAAACAGGCUAUCCUUGCAUUAGCUUGCCGUCGUCACGAUCAUGUUAGCACUGUAGCUCGCAUAGCUAUGCUAGCAUUGCUAACGUUUAUGUCCUCCUGUCCCUGUCCAUCAUGUUACAUCGUCCGACGUCAUGUAUGGCAUCUAUGAUGUUGGAGCUAGCUCUCUCACCCCUCGGACUUUGGUUGGAACCCGGGUCCAAACGCUGGGGUGGUUGAACCGGGUGGGUUCCACUGACCCCGAUCAAAGUCCGAGUGGCGCUUUUGACAGUCGUUCUGCAGGCUUCGAUUCAAACCCGAGGAGAAGCGUUGGACUGGUUGAAACCGGCGGGUUAAAAGUGUAAACAAAAGGAGGCUUCACUACACGUCUUAAAACAAGGUCAUCAGUCUGUAUGUUUGAUCAUUUUGGGUUUUUUUCAUCAAACAAGCUAACCUUGCAUUAGCUUGCCGUUGUGACGAUCACGUUAGCUUUGUAGCUCACAUAGCUAUGCUAGUAUUGCUAACGUUUGUGUCCUCCAUCGUCCUACGUCAUGUAUGGCAUUUAUGAUGUCGGACAAGUGCAGAGGUACAGGGUGUCUGCAAAAGGUGGAUCGAGUACCCAACAGACAUUAGCAUCAUUAGCAUCAUUAGCGUUAAGACUAAACACACAAGUCAGACUCAUAGGAAUAAACUACAAAACGGGACCUUUAACGUUCAAGGUCAUGGUUCUCCAUGUUUUUUCUCAAUGUUUCAAUUUUCGGCGCAUGCGCUAGCAGGUUGCAAGCUAGCAGUCAAAAGAUGCAUCAGCGAUUGUUCUGCCCGACUUUGUUUUGUUGACACAAAUCUGGAUGUUUGCUAAGGCGGGGCUAAUAACAUAUUUAUGUGUGCUGUCAAAUAAGCAGAUACGGUCGGAGCUCAGAGCUUAUUAGCGUGCAUGUGUGAGUGUGCGCUGGAUCGAUAGCGCCUCCGUGUGUGCGUGUGCAUGUGUGUGCGUGUGUGUGUGUGUUGAUGCGUGGUUGCACACUCCGAGUUUGGAGUUGACUAUGGAUCACAGCUUGACGAGCUGCUGAUCUUUAUCGAAAACAAAAGGGCUACUAGCAUGGUAUGUUGUGUUUAGCUAGCUUCGAUAAUAGUCCGAGGUACUUACCUGGCCGCCAUAUUGGAUGGGGCAUACAAGUCAAUGUACUUUCAUAAAGAACAUUUUUGUCAACAAACCCUCUUGUUUAUACGUUCCCACGUGCAUCCAUGGACUUGGGAAACUGGCACCAAACGCAAUUCCGAUCAGGUGGUAGUAUUCCCAAGUAUGUUAAACAAUGUUAACGUUGACUUGUAUUAAUUUAAAAAAAAAUGACAUGACUACCACCAGGAAUACCAGGACAUGGAUACUAGUACAUGACUACUACCAGGAAUACCAUGACAUGACUACUAGUACAUGACUACUACCAGGAAUACCAUGACAUGACUACUAGUACAUGACCACUACCAGGAAUACCAUGACAUGACUACUACCAGGAAUACCAUGAAAUGACUACUAGUACAUGACCACUACCAGGAAUACCAUGACAUGACUACUAGUACAUGACCACUACCAGGAAUACCAUGACAUGACUACUAGUACAUGACCACUACCAGGAAUACCAUGACAUGACUACUACCAGGAAUACCAUGAAAUGACUACGAGUACAUGACCACUACCAGGAAUACCAUGACAUGACUACUACCAGGAAUACCAUGAAAUCACUACUAGUACAUGACCACUACCAGGAAUACCAUGAAAUGACUACUAGUACAUGACCACUACCAGGAAUACCAUGACAUGACUACUAGUACAUGACCACUACCAGGAAUACCAUGACAUGACUACUACCAGGAAUACCAUGAAAUGACUACGAGUACAUGACCACUACCAGGAAUACCAUGACAUGACUACUACCAGGAAUACCAUGACAUGACUACUAGUACAUGACCACUACCAGGAAUACCAUGACAUGACUACUACCAGGAAUACCAUGAAAUGACUACGAGUACAUGACCACUACCAGGAAUACCAUGACAUGACUACCACCAGGAAUACCACGACAUGACUACUAUUGUAUUAAUUUACAGCCAUCCAAUAUGGCGGCGACGUUGACAUGCGGCGUCUAUGUCGAUGGUUUAUACAUAUAGCUACGGUCAUAACAAUCCGUAGUCAUCAUCAUCGCGACUCCCAUGAUGCAAUGUUUCGUAACCGACAUGGCUUCCAUGAGUUCCACAUCGGCCAUGCUGGAACCCACUACACACGCAGACCAUGAACAGUACAAGAAUCAGCAUUUAUGAUUUAUGACAAUAUCAAUGGUGUCUUACCUUUGCCGUUGUCUCCAGCGGCUUGGUUUCGUACCGACGACAAACAAAGUGCGAGUCCAUCCUUUGGGCUUGGGGGUGGUUGUGUGGGGUGGCGGUUUCUACCAGAAACCAUGACCCAUGACGCAGGAACUCCCUGUGAUGACAACUUCCUGUCGCGUCUUUCCACUCGAUUUCCGCUCAACUAAUCAAUCUGAAACUCACAAGCGGAAAUCGAAUUUAUUUUGGUUGAAAAAUUCCGAAUGAGAUGUCAAUCAUUCAGAUGUGACGUUGUGUUGAUGAAUCGUAAUGAAAUACCACGACAUUACGACUACCACGUGACUACCACCACCAGAGGGGGAGAAGCCGCCAACUGUGGCCCAGAAAGGUGCACUGUCUCUGGGUACAUGCUACGAAAAGCCCCUAUAAGUCCAUGGAGGUCAAAGGCACACUUUUAGCACAUCAGCUGCUGGUCAUGUUAGCGUGCGCUUCCCCUCAUCGUGCAGCGUUUUGGUACAUCGUAUCGUUCCGUAUGAUCUAAUCGGUCACAUAUUUAACAUGUAUAUUGUGAGUAUGAAAGUGUAUGAAAGUGUCGCCACCCCACCCGGGCCGCAUGACGUCCAUUAGUGAGCGCCCCACGCUCCAUUGGCGUCCUUCAGGCUGUACACGUUUUGUGAAACAUUAGCUCAUUACAUGCUCAGCUAGAGCGCGUUCAUGCUCAGCACCGGAAGUAAACUCACCUUUUCAUCCAUUCGGUGACAACAAUCCGCAUUAUUCCGCCGACCAGGAGGCCAAAUUAGCCUUUUUGUUGCGCUCGAUUGCACUUCUUUGAGCGCGUUUAGCAACGUGGACUUUAAUGAGCUUCAAAGCGAGAUCCUUGUAGCUAGUGCAUUGGCGGCCAUUUGCUGCUGAGGGUGGUUUGAACUCUGACCCUUGAAGUGGGCGGUGCCAAAUCAACCAGGCCUUAGCUGCUAACCACUUAGCCACGUUCCAUGAUGCGAAAUUUUCAAAAUUGUCAUGUGAUCAUUAAUGUGCCGUCAGAGCCAAUCGGGCUCCUUUUCACACGGCUUGAAGUCAAAGGGCUCCACCUCUUUCUUAUAGGGGUGCACAAGAAGGACACAUAGGACGUAGGAAAGGAGACAAGGUGUCCAAAACACGACUCUUAUCGGAAGAUUGUACCGAGCAGUUAUUUUUUUUAAAGUGCCUUAGCGGGAAUGCUAACUGCUCUUGUGUGUUUGUUUGGCUCUGAGCUCCUUCAACGUCGUCAUUAUUAUGCGGUGCGUUUGUGGGCGUGGGUGUGGGUGUGGGUUUUCGGUUUUUGGUUGGGGGUUUAUUCCCGAAAUGGCACAAGACAGUGAGAGUCGAACAAACAAGCUUCCAAAGACUCGGUGGACUAUUUUCACUUUCAAUUUUUCUAAAAUCGCUUUAAUUUUUUUGUAUAUAAACGCUUUAGUGGUGUUUUUUUUUUUUUUUUUUUUGGUCUGUGGGCAUGGUUUUGCAAAACACCGCCAACAUUGGACACUAGGGGGGGCAAAAGAACGCCUGCCGCUUGUUUUUCCUGUUUGUGUUGUUUUCCUGUGACGUGUGGCUUGGUUGUUUGUAAAUACGGAAAUCUAUAUAUGGAACUAUACAGUAUAUACACUAAUGUACAUAAUAUGCCUGUUUAAUAGCUGAUAUCUACAAUGACUACCCGUCCCCGACCCCGACCCCCCCCUGUCUUCCCACCCUGGACAGCGCCCCCUGUAGAGUAGCGAUGCUAUUCAUUUCUCAUGUUUGUGCUUCGAUGGUGCCAUAUUCUUUCAGGAUGGAAAUGAUAACAGAAAUAAAAAUGUUUGAAAUCUGUUUUUUAUUAUUUAU